GGACCUUCUUCCCAGCGGCUGGCGUUUGUGUUUGGUGGGCCAGUGGUGCUUGCCACUGCGUCUCCUGCGCGCUCCUCUUGUCUCAGUGCUUAGUGAAGGCUGCCGUCAGUACAGGAUGGGCCUCCACCAUGCCACGGCGUCCCAGCUGAACCAAAAAGCGAAGACCCAUCACAAGGAAGUCACUUGAAUAGGAUAUGGUAUGCUGUCCUCCAAGAGCUUCCAGUCAAACAAACAAGAUGUGUCAUUCUGUGUUCUUGUCUGCUACUUGGAGUCCCUCUGCUUGAUCCAGAAAUUGUGACUAGAGGCAGCUGCUACUGUCUCACGUGUAGUGCAGCUCCCUAGGGACAGAUGAGCAGUGGUGUGCGCGUCCACUCCUGGCCUUGCUCCUACUACCUGAACCUUGAGAAGCAAUGGGUUCCUGGGAAGCUGACUCUGACACCUCGGUCACUGAAGUUCAGUGCGGACAGAACUGAAGAGGUCCUCGUGGGCCUGCCUCUCUCCAGCAUCACUGAGAUCAGGAAGGAGUCUUCUCUCUUUAUCUUUAGUGCCAUCACAGUCCUGGAGAAGGGCCAGGCCAAACACUGGUUCAGCUCACUGCGGCCCAGUCGCAAUGUCGUCUUCAACAUCAUCGAGCACUUCUGGAGGGAGCUGCUACUGUCCCAGCCAGGCACUGCUGCCAACACAGCCUCCCCCAUGACCAGGGGGCAGGAGCUGUUGGGACUGAUGGCUAGUUCCCAGAGACGCAUGGAAGACACAUCAAAGGUCCUUCAUCACCAGGGCGAGCAGCUGGACAGCGUCAUGAGGGGCCUGGAGAAGAUGGAGUCAGAUCUAGAUGUGGCUGACAGAUUGCUGACAGAAUUGGAGUCUCCUUCCUGGUGGCCUUUUAGCUCUAAGCUUUGGAAGACGCCAGCAGAAGCCAAGCCCAAGGAAGGUGUCUCUGUAGCCGCUUGUGAGCCCUUUGGAAAGGAAGGGGUAGUGAUCAGAGUCCCUGCUAUUGUUUCUCAGAAAACAGAGUCUCAUUCCAAGCCAGGAAAGUUCACUGUCCUGGUCUCUGCUUUGGAAAUCCACGACUCCAGUUCAUUGCUCCUGCACAGGUUUGAGAGGGAAGAUGUGGAUGAUAUCAAGGUUCACUCUCCUUAUGAGGUCAGCAUACGCCAGCGGUUCAUCGGGAAGCCAGACGUGGCUUACCGGCUGAUAUCUGCCAAGAUGCCAGAGGUCAUUCCCAUUUUAGAAGUGCAGUUCAGCAAGAAGAUUGAGCUCCUGGAAGAUGCCCUAGUGCUUAGGAGCUGGGCUCAGACUGCCCCUGCAGAGAGUAGCUGCUUCAUGCAUGCAGCUUCCAGACUGAUGGGCUGCACUCCGCCCCGAGAGCUGCCCAUGGGAGGCCAGGAAGGCGAGCAGCUGCAACUGCAGAGGAACUGGCCACUACUCUCUGAGGGGGAAGCCCAGGAGCUGACACAGAUCCUGAGCAAGCUGAGGGGACUGGCACUGGACACUGAGGCAGAGCUCGAGCGCCAGGAUGAAGCUCUGGAUGGCAUCACCGAGGCCGUGGACCAGGCCACCCUGACUGUGGACAAGCAUAACCGGCGUAUGAGGAAGCUGCUGUAGCGGAGCGAGUUGCAGAGCGGUCCCCCUGGCAUGGCGCUCCUGAUUCUGCUGUUUCCAGCCCUGUGUCCUUUGCACUGGAACCUGGGAAGCCAUUUGUGGUGCUGUGGAACUGUGGCACCUUCCUAAGGAUGGGCCACCAAGAGGAGCCACGGCAUGCAUGAGUAUGAUGUGUUUUCCAGGUGCCCUUAGCAUGUGGGCCAAGUCCUGUUCAGGUAAGGAUGGCCCACGGCAUCGCCAUCCUCCCUGUCCUCACUGAGACCCCAGCUUUGUGCUGUCGUUGUGGGACUGUGACCCAGGUUGCCGUGCGCAAAUCACGUCAUCUUGUCAUCGUUCCACCAUUUCUGCCGAACAGUAAAGAAAACGCCAGUCAUUCUGA